GCGCAGCCGCGGACGGAGGGAGGGGACGAGGAGCUUAAACCGCAGCCACAGCUCCUCCGCCAUUCAGCCAGACUGCCGACUGAUCCUGGAGGGCCAGGACUGUUCAAUUGCAAAUCCGGAGCCCACCGCAAGCUUCCCCCUGUUUCUCCAGCAGCAGCUCUCUGUGAGACACCCCACACCGCAGCGACAAAAUGCGUGAGAUUGUGCACCUGCAGGCCGGGCAGUGCGGGAACCAGAUUGGAGCCAAGUUCUGGGAGGUGAUCAGUGAUGAGCACGGCAUCGACCCAACAGGAACCUACCACGGAGACAGUGACCUGCAGCUGGAUAGAAUCAACGUCUACUACAAUGAAGCUUCAGGUGGAAAAUAUGUGCCGAGGGCCAUCUUAGUAGAUCUGGAACCAGGCACUAUGGACUCUGUCCGCUCUGGGCCUUUCGGACAGAUCUUCAGGCCAGACAACUUUGUCUUUGGUCAGAGUGGAGCGGGUAAUAACUGGGCGAAGGGCCACUACACGGAGGGAGCCGAGCUGGUAGACUCUGUUCUGGAUGUGGUGAGGAAGGAGGCUGAGAGCUGCGACUGCCUUCAGGGCUUCCAGCUCACACACUCUCUGGGUGGCGGUACUGGCUCUGGUAUGGGAACUCUGCUAAUCAGCAAGAUCCGUGAGGAGUAUCCAGAUCGUAUCAUGAACACCUUCAGUGUGGUGCCCUCUCCUAAGGUGUCAGACACAGUGGUGGAGCCCUACAACGCCACACUGUCUGUCCACCAGCUGGUUGAAAACACAGACGAGACUUACUGUAUUGACAACGAGGCCCUGUAUGACAUCUGCUUCCGCACCCUCAAGCUCACCACUCCCACUUACGGAGACCUUAACCACCUGGUCUCCGCCACCAUGAGUGGGGUCACGACUUGCCUUCGUUUCCCCGGUCAGCUCAACGCUGACCUCCGCAAGCUGGCUGUCAACAUGGUUCCCUUCCCUCGUCUGCACUUCUUCAUGCCCGGCUUUGCUCCCCUCACCAGCAGGGGUAGCCAGCAGUACAGAGCCCUCUCUGUGCCCGAACUCACUCAGCAGAUGUUCGAUGCCAAGAACAUGAUGGCUGCCUGCGACCCACGCCACGGCCGCUACCUCACCGUGGCCGCUGUGUUCCGAGGGCGCAUGUCCAUGAAGGAGGUGGAUGAGCAGAUGCUGAAUGUGCAGAAUAAAAACAGCAGCUACUUCGUGGAGUGGAUCCCCAACAACGUCAAGACAGCCGUGUGCGACAUCCCGCCCCGUGGCCUCAAGAUGGCCGCGACCUUUAUCGGCAACAGCACUGCUAUCCAGGAGCUGUUCAAACGCAUCUCUGAGCAGUUCACGGCCAUGUUCCGCCGCAAGGCCUUCCUCCACUGGUACACUGGCGAGGGUAUGGAUGAGAUGGAGUUCACUGAAGCGGAGAGCAACAUGAACGACUUGGUGUCCGAGUACCAGCAGUACCAGGAUGCUACAGCCGAGGAGGGAGAGUUUGAGGAGGAGGGAGAGGAGGAGGUGGCCUAAGGCUGAAGUCACUCAUUGUUUCUCAUCUGCACUCAUGACUCCAUCCAACCAUCCAUCCACUCAUUCCGGUCCUACUCUGCUCUCUUUUUCUUUUCCUAGAGCACUGUCCUUUCCCAGUUUUCUUGUUCCUGUAUUUUCUUAGUUCUUCCCGUUUCUGUCUGCCUCUUCUCCUCAUAUCUCUUGACCCUGUCCCCCUUCCUGCCAGAGUAGGACUCACACUUUAAACAUGUAAACACAGUGCUCUUUUAGAGGUAGCUAACACAGAUGUGUGCUUGUGGGUUAUUUGUUAAAUUGUUUUUAUUUUGGAGGGUUUGUUUUGCUUAGUGUUUGUUAAUUAUCAUCGGUUAAACAAUUGCAUACCUGGAACACAUUCACUUCAUUCAAAUAUUAUGACUUGUGUAAUUUGACAUUGAUUAAAAUACAUUUGUGGGAAAAAUA